AAGCUACAAGUUACAAGUUACAAGUUCCGCACACAAGUGCGGGUGUGUCCGUAAAAGCCGGGGGGCCCAUGGACGUUGUAUUGGUAUUGAUGCGGGUACGCGGGAGGUCAUUUUCAUUCUCCCUAGUCCGCUUCAGGGCGAAGCGCCUCAGCGCGACGUGCCUGGCCUCCCAAAUUUCCGAGAGGUACCUGGCCAAUGCCAGGGGUGGCGCCUCAGUCAUAGUGGUGCGCAUGCUGCGCCCCGUAAGGACUAGGUCACCAUCAUACUUAGCCCGUAUGCUCUUGUAAGCGGGACAUUCUUCGAAAACAUGCAACUCAUCUUCAACCGCUCCACAGUCACAAAGCCUGUAGGUACGCGCGGCGACCCCCACACGGGACUGAUUCACUUGGAAUCCGCCCUGGCCUGCAAGUAUGUGGCAGCGGAGGCGCUCAGGUCACUGAACAAGAUCUUCGCCGUCAUGCUGUCAGCCAGUCCUCGGGAUCCCAACCCAGUCAUGGUCGAGGUGGUAUCAUCUGUCAUCGACAGGCGCUGGGGCCUGUUGCUGCUGCGGCCGGAGGUGAACCAGCUGGGUCAUGGCUGCGAUACACUAGAGCAGGCCGCGCUAAUGGCGGCGCAGCUGGGCGACCGGCAGCCCAUGUCGUUAUUGGCGCUGCUACGCCUGGCGGGUGUCGCUAUCCGCUGCGGCUCCGAGGGUGCUGUGCGGCUGUGUGUGGAGGCGCUGAGGCGGCGCCUGCCGGAGGGUGGCACACCCAUUGACCCUAUGGAGCCAUCCCAGCAGUUGCGCUGUGUAGAAGCACGUGUAGCUGUGUACCGGGAGAUUGCUGCUGCCGCCGGGGCGCCUUCGGGCCGUGACCCAACAAGGCGCGUUGCGGCUGCGGUGUACGACUACAUUCGGCAGCUAGAUGCUGCGCCGUACUGCCGCAUGCAGUUGUCCGCGUCUGCAGAGCAGGGCUCAGCCGCAACACCGCCGCACAUGCACUUGGUGCACAUGAUUCAAUCCGCCGAUCCGGAAGACCCGUGGCUCCAAGCCGAGUGGGGCCGUACACUCACAGCUGUGGGUCGUACACAGGAGGCCGUCCUGCAUCUCUCCGUGGCUGCCAUGUUGCUCCAGUCCCACAUCUCCAAGCUCCAGAGCGGCCGGCAAGUCGUGCCGCCUCCCUCGUCCCAAGCCCCGCCAGCCCCACCAACCAGCAGGCAGGCGAGGAGGAUCUUGGUGGCGAUGACGGUGGCCCCGGGCGAGGGAGGGGGGCCGGCGGCGGCGGCGGCGGAGGUAGCACGGCAGAAGGCCGCGGAACGGGUGAUAGUGGCGGAGAUGCGACGAAGGGGAUGCGGCGGCGGUGGUGAGGGAGGAGGUGGUGGGGAUGAUAGUGGCCACAGAGCACGUCGGAGCAUGGCGAAAAAGUAA